GUGGCUCUAACUCACACGCACACACUCCCACUCUCGCUCUCUGUCUCCCCCUUCUUGUGAAGAACCCUCAGGUUGGCUGACAAUUCUAAAGGAUGUCAAACUUCUUCAACAUUUACGUAUACUCCUUGCCAAGUGCAAUAUAUCUAAGGAUACCAGUUCUUGCAGUUUGGACAUGUCUACCAAACAUAUGGUGGGAGCUCUUGUGGCGACUGGUGUGGUUGCCUAUGCGUUUGAUACUUUGGUUUCGGACAAGAAAAUAUUUGGAGGGACCACUCCAACAACUGUGAGGGAUAAAGAAUGGUGGGAGGAGACAGACAAGAAAUUUCAGGCAUGGCCACGCACAGCUGGUCCUCCGGUGGUCAUGAACCCUAUCAGCCGACAAAAUUUCAUUGUGAAGACAAAGGUUGAUGACUGAAGGUUACAAUGUUUGUCUGUGGAUAUGGAUAUCUGGUUUAGUUGGAAAGCCUGGUAACAAAAACUGAACUUUCCUAAGUCCCUUUAACGAACUUGAUCAUCUGUCUCUUUUCGUGUAAAUCUUGGAUGAUGGUAUUCACUGGAAGAAUGCUACUUCUGUAUGCACGGAUGUUAUGAGUUUGAAGGCUAGCAAGUCGUUGUUAAAUGCUGAUAAACUAGGAAACGAUCUUCUUCUUC